CCCCACCUCCCUCACACCACGUAACUGCGUGCACUAUCUCAUUUCUUUCUAUUCAUUUCUUCAUUCCACCAUCACCAUGGUCAAGGAGAAGAAGAACGUGGUGGUCAAGAACAAGAAGCCAAACAACAAUGCCGACGAGCUUCACUUCCGCGGCGUCCGGAAGCGACCAUGGGGCCGCUACGCCGCCGAGAUCCGUGACCCCGGCAAGAAGACCCGCGUCUGGCUCGGCACCUUCGACACCGCCGAGGACGCCGCCCGCGCCUAUGACGCCGCCGCCCGCAACUUCCGCGGCCCCAAAGCCAAAACCAACUUCCCCGUGCCCCCCGACGACAACAACAACAACAACGUUAACGUGAACAAAAACAAGAGUGUUAACGUUAAAUCUCACAGUCCCAGCCAGAGCAGCACCGUGGAGUCCGCCACCCCGGAGCGUGAAGCCACGCGCCGCUCCACCUCCGCCGCAAUCGACCGUUUCCCGUUCCUACCCAUCCAGCAGCAAAUCCUCAUGACCCACCCCGUCGCAGCACCCAUGCGCCCGGUUUUCUUUCUCGACCGGGCCCACUUCAUGACCCAGUCUUUCCCGCUCCGGUUCGAACCCGGUCCGGUCCAGAGCGACUCCGACUCCUCCUCCGUCGUCGUCGAUUGUCAGCCCAAAAGAGAGCUCAAUCUCGAUCUUAACUUGGCUCCGCCUAAUGAAUAUUAACCCUUUUUUUUAUCUCUUUAUUUUUUCAUAAAAAAAGAUAGCAGAAAGAAAGGACUAAGGAGAUUUUUUUUCUCUCUUUUUUUUUUUGGAAGAUUAAUCUUCCAUUAAGAAGUUAAUUAGUACAUCCUUUGAUGUAAAUAGGUUGAUUUUCUCUUCUUUUUUGUUUUUUAGGUCCUUGAUAGUAUUAUCAGAGGACAUGAUCUGAAAUUGUCUAGAUCUGAUAUAAUUUUUCAUGUAACAUCUGAAUAUCUGAUGUAAUUCUGGCUAAUAUCAAUUAAUCUUCUUUUAUUACAAUAA